CCCUUUUAUUGUGCUAAUCACGUUCAACCAAACGGAUACUUCGAGCUGGAUCCUGAAGGGGAAGAGCCGCCCAAAAAGGUCUUGGGUUUUGACCUUGGGGCUGUAUUUACUUCGGCAAAAGAUCAACUUCGCCUGUUUCGCCAACGAGACAAAUCAGAACGAUUAACUGAUUUUGUCGCUGAAGAGGAUGAAAACUAUGAACUUCCAACCCUUAAAAGUCAACCAUCAGCAAAUCCUCCCGACUUAAUAGGUAAACUUCAGGAACAAGAAGAUGACAAAGUACGAAAUUUUAACCGAAAGUUUCCCACCCGAAUGGACACCAUUAUCGGUGAGAGAACCGGAUUAUCCCGUUACUUUGAACCAGAAUGUCCAUGCUGUAACCUAUCCAAGCGUUAUACUAUCGCCGUCCUAACCUCUAUUGGAUUUGUAAUUAGCUUUGGGAUUCGUUGUAACAUGGGUGUUGCUUCAGUAAAGAUGUUUUCAAAUGCUACUGGAAAGCCUGAACUUGAUUGGACCCCUGAAACUGUUGGUGUUGUUGAUUCGUCAUUCUUCUGGGGUUACAUUGUCACUCAAAUACCAGGCGGGUUUUUAGCCGCCAAAUAUCCAGCCAAUAGAGUUUUUGGAACAGCAAUAGCCACCUCUGCCUUCCUUAACCUUUUACUUCCGGGCGCAGCUUAUUUUGGUUAUGGUAUGUUCAUGAUAAUUAGGAUAUUACAAGGACUUGUUGAGGGUGUAACAUAUCCAGCAUGUCAUGGUAUAUGGCGUCAUUGGGCACCUCCCAUUGAACGCAGUCGCUUAGCUACUCUGGCUUUUUGUGGAUCCUAUGCUGGAGCUGUUUUAGGUUUACCCAUAUCGGGUAUGCUUACAGAGUGGCUUGGUUGGCAGGCUUGUUUUUAUUUUUAUGGUGUUGUCGGCUGUUUUUGGUACAUUUCUUGGUUACUACUGUCAUUUGAAAAGCCAGCCAAACAUCCAACAAUCACUCAAGCUGAAUUGAUUUACAUCGAAGAAAGUAUUGGUAACGUUGCUCAGACUUCACCAACGUUUAAAACGACUCCUUGGAAGGAUAUAUUUUCAUCGUUACCUGUGUAUGCUAUAAUAGUGGCCAAUUUUUGUCGUAGUUGGACAUUUUACCUUUUAUUGAUAUCACAGCCAACUUAUUUCAAACAUGUUUUCCAUUCAUCUGUGGGUGAAUCUGGGUUUUUAGGUGCCGUUCCUCACUUAUGUAUGACAAUUAUAGUCCCAUUUGGUGGUCAUUUGGCUGAUUUUUUUAGACGGUCUGGUAUAUUGACUACAACUCAAGUUAGAAAACUAUUCAAUUGUGGAGGCUUCGGUAUGGAAGCAUUGUUCCUAUUUGUUGUUGGAAGCACAUCAAGUGAAGCAUUAGCCAUUUCAGCUUUAACCUUUGCUGUUGGUUUUAGUGGAUUUGCCAUUUCAGGUUUUAACGUUAAUCAUCUGGAUAUUGCACCUCGUUACGCAUCCAUUCUAAUGGGAAUCUCAAACGGCUUUGGAACUCUUGCUGGAAUGUUUUGUCCGAUUGUUACCGAACUCAUGACCGAACACAAGACUUCGGAAGAAUGGCAAAAAGUGUUUACAAUUGCUGGAUUCAUCCACUUGUGCGGUGUAAUAUUUUACGGAAUCUUUGCCUCCGGAGAGUUGCAACCUUGGUCUGAACCACCGCCAGACCCGAAUCACAUUCCCAACUGGAAGAUACGGCAAAUGUCAAUUAAAGGUGGCCAUCCACCUCCAAGUGAAAUGAAUGGAGACUUGCAAAGGAUGGAUUCAGGAGAAAUGGUUCAUAGUCAAGGAUAUUAUCCAAGCGCAACUGGAGGCGGACCUGGGCCCAACAUGAUGGAUCCAAAUAGCAAUAUUAAUCUAAACAACAAUAACAAUCCUUUCUAUGGAGCAACCGAUGUACAGCAAACCUCUUUCUAUGAAACUCGACCACAAUACUCACAGCCCAGGCCAACUGAUCGGUACAUGCAUGGUUCAGUGGAAGACAGGGAAUAUUGAAGUUGAUUCAGUUUCACGCAUCUUCAUCUUGCAAACACCAAACUCAUUGCUCUUCUAAAACAUAAUCAUUUUUACAUAACAUAAUUAUAAUCAACAUCGUUUACUUAUAUUGGAUAAAAAGAAAGACAAUUUUCUCUCCUUUAUCCAUGAAACGUUGAUGAAAUUUGAGGAAAACAUUAAUCAACCAAGCUUAACCUUUGCCCGAAGUGAAUACACACGCAGAGUUAAUCAACUAAUCAGAGUAUUACAAUUUACCAGGCAAUCAAACAAUUGACUUUCUGUUGAUAUUACCUUGUUGACUUCAUUUGAAUGCCUUUUGUAUUUUUAGUUGUUGCGUUCAUUAACAAUAAUAAUCAGAUUCAUCAGUGAGACAAGCAAAAACAAAAACAAGAGUCAAAUGAAAUGGGUUAAGAAGAUAAUUAUUUUAUUAUUUAAUUGUUAACUCUUCUCGACAGUUCAUCUCCACAGUUGCUUGUCUCACACAUUUUUACAAAUGGUUUUGUUGGUUGAUUAAUUGAUCAUUUUUUUAGUUUCUCCUGUUAAUUUGCUUCUUUCUCUCUCUCUCUGUAAAUUCCAAGUGUGAGCGAUUUAAUCAAUCAUUUACAAGACACAAAAUAACCCAAAAAAAAAUGAAAAUAUUGUCCAGUGAAAAGUUAACCAGAAAUCAACACACAAAAGGGUUCAACAUUUAAUGUUUGCUCAAACCUGGGUUGACUUUGAAUUUGGUCAAACAUUGAAACAUUGAAUCCAUCAACAUUGAUCAACUAACCAAAUUGAUUGCAGUUUUCAGUUAAACAUUUUUCUUUAUACCAAGUGUCCUUUCAUCAUCAUCUCAAUCAUUUUAUAUAUUAGACAACAGUAAUCAUUGAAACACACACACAAUCGUAAUGAUCACCUAAAAAUUAUUCUAGAUGAACGGUUAAUUGCUUAUUUUAAACUGCUUUUUGCCCAUUCAACAACAACGAUAAAGUGAUGACAAUUUUCAAAUCAAACAAAAUUUAUUCAACAAACAAUUAGCUAGUCAAUAAUGUUUACUUGAUUCGUUACAAUCAGUUAGAGAGAAAGGCAAAGAGAAGAGGAAGAAAAAAGCAAUUAACUAAUUGUAUAUACACAAUUAAAUAUUUAUCUUAUAUAUUACGGUAAUAGGAAUAAAAGUCUCAUAAUAGCAUUAGUUAAUAUUGGAAAUGGUUUAUUGUUUGAUGCGAGAAAAUAAAACAAGAAAUAAAUAAAGAAUGAAAACUGUAAUCACAAUUUGGUCAAAUUGUUAAUCAAUUUUCAUUGUUAAUAUAAAAAAGGUAGAACCUCAAUUGAACACAUUUAAUCACAAUAAUUAGAAGGAAAUUAACAGGAGAAAGGUUGACAAUUUAAGAAUUGGAAAGUAAACUUGUAAUUCAGUCAACAGCGAGUUUUGAUGCAAGUUUAGAGCUACAAUUGUGACUUCAAUCAGACAGUUAAUCAAUUAAUCAAUCAAUGCAAAAACAUGAGUCUAUUGAUAUGCUUUUAAAGUCAAAAGUCUGUGCAGUUUGAGAUCAGCCUUUUUGACCUACAUUUCAUAUUUUCAUUUCCAUCUUCAUCUUCAUCUCUACACAUCUCUUCAUCAUCCUCACAAUCCUCCAUUAUCUUCAUUCUGAACCAUCAAUUCAUGGAUGAAUAAAGCUUUGCGCAUGAAAACCAAACCAACACACACAAAAGUUGUAUUAGAUGUAAAUAGCGUUUCAAGAGAAGAAAAAAAUGGAAUCUCUGUUUUUUUUCGCCACAAAAUUGAGUGUCAAUCAGUUGAAUUUGGACAUUUCAACCUUUCCAGUGGAAAAAUCACCUUUUCAUUCUGUUCGAUAAGUGCGCAAUGUUAAUGUUAUUAAUGGACAAACCAAUAAUUAACUUAUUAUUAUCGGACAAUCAAGCAACGGGUGAUAACAGUUAACAGUUUAAUCAUCAAAACACUUGGAGAACAGCAAUUUGCAUGGGAUUUCUGUUGGAUAAUCCAGAUCUUGGCUUGCAAGUUUUUCGUCUUUGCUCCGUUUUUUGCUGGUUUUUGUAAUAAUCUCACAAUAAUAUCCAAAAACUUACAAUAAUAAUCACAAGAAAGUCAUUGAUUUGAUUAUUGUUGAUCCAAUUUUGUCUAAAUUCAAAUCAAUCGAGUAAUAACAAUUAUUGAUAGUAAUAAGUAAAUAUCAAAUAACAAUUAUAAUCUUUAAUAAAUCAUGCUAAAGAUUCAGUUUAAAAUCAGUGCAAUAAGCAAAGUAAUUAAACACACAAAAGGUUUGAAGUAAAAAUGAGAAAAUUUAAAUUUCCAAAAAAAAGUUAAACUUAAACUGAUUUGUUCAAUUUGGCUGAAUUGAUUAAAGUGUUGAGCAGUUUAAAUCAAAAGUGUUUCAUUGAUUGGAAAAAGAAAUGAAAUAUUUUUCCAAUUAAUUGUUUUUUGUACCAAUUUAAUUUCCAUUUCAAUUGUAAUUGCAGCAAAUUGUGUGACAAACCCAAACCCAAAAAUACAUUAUUCCCUGUCUAUGUGUAUAUCUUGUGUACAAUAAUUGAUCAACAAUCAAAUUGAUUUUAAUUUCAAGCUUAAUUUCAAGCCUUUUCUGGUUUUGACCUUUUUUGAUUUGCCGUUUACACUGUUUAACUUUGUUGAUUGUGCCAAUGGUUUGUGUGCGUCUCAUUUAUUAACCUUUAACAUUAUUUUAUCAAUCAAGCUUUUUAGUUUUAAACAUGUUUAACUGUGUGACUGUUUGUUAACUGUAAAUCUCAAAUAGUUAAUUGUUGUCAUCAAUUGAUGAGCAAUUGAGAUGAUAAACAAAAGGUUGAAAACUCACAUCAACAUUGGCAUAAUAAUAAUAUAAAUAUAUAUAAUAAAGAUUAACAAAAAAUCACAAGCAAUCAUCUGUGCGGUAGCAAUAAUCAUAAUCAAUUUUGAUUAAAGUUGUGUUUUGGUUUCAGUUUA